UUUUCAGUUUUAACAGCACCAUUACAACAGAAAACGAAAAAUAAUACUAAGAUAUAAUUUCAAAAAUUUUAAAAAAGGGUGAGAGCAAUAAAGUUACUAUAAUAUCUAAAUUUAGCUACCUAUCUAGACAUUCAACGAGCUAGGCAUUCCCGGGCUCCCGAUCAAUAAAUCCCGCGUAUUCCAGAACGCCAGUACGCAGACGCGGCGGCCAUCUUGUUUGACAGCCAAUGGCGGGAUAGGCUCUGUUGUACAUUUGCAAAACAUCAUCACAAAAAUAUUGUAAAUAAUCAGUAAAAAUGAGCCCCGAAAGAGAAGUACAAGAGUCGGACGACAUGUUGGAAUCCAUAGACGAAUUAAAAGAGAGAUUGACUUCAAUGAAAAAGAUGAUGGAAGAAAGAAAGGCGACGGGAUCUGGCACGAAAGAUCUUUUUCAAGGUCACGCGCGGAGCCUCCAAGGAACCACAAUGAUAGACGGGAACUUCCUCUCUUUCGUCUUCGGUGGCUCCCUCUUUGUUAUUCUCAGUGUAUCUGUUUACGCCUUCUACAAUCUAUAUCACGCAGUCUUAAAGAAGUUUCCAUCGACACAUACGGAGUUGUAAAUUGAAAUUUAAGUUGAAAGAAAUAGAGUUCGUAUUGCAAUGUUUUGUGAUAUUAAAUUAUCUUAUAAUGCUAGUUGUUGGUGAAUGAUAAAUAUUU